AUGCUCGGGGGAAAUCAGGCGUUCUGUGCAACGUCCUCUGUUUUUGCUUGUUACAUGACGGAGGAACGUGCAAAGCUGCGAGAGGAAGAGGACAAGUUGGAAGUCGCAGUCGCGGCGGCGAACCUGGAGAUCAAGAUGUACCCGCUCGACAACUGGACGCCGGACAACUGGUUCGUCGCGGUCCUGGGGCUGCCGGCUCCGAUCCGUUGGGCAAAAAGCAUCGGCGAAUUUGACCGCAAGCUUGAUCUCGAGCUGGUUCUCGGCAGUGUAAGAAACGAAGAUGUACGUCGGUUUAACACCUCCUCCAUGCUCGUCGAGAUAGCCUCGGGGAUCAUCAUCCGUCAUGCGAUCCAGGGAGCGUAA